UACUCUCUAGACAAUCGAGCGGGACGAGUCCUUUGUUCUUUUGUAGUAUUUGAAUUUCAAAAUACAUCAAUCAAACGGCACUUUAUUCUCAUCUCAUCUCAGUCUUACCCAUUAACCCAUUAACCCACCCAUUUUCACCCACUAACCCACGUCUCUCUCUCUCCUUUAUCUCUGAUUUCUCACGACGUUUUCGGUUUUUAACUGCUACCCGUUUUUCUUUUUCAUUACAAAGCUUCGAUCUUUAAUAAUUUUUCUCCACCAUAGUUUAGUAAAUUUGAGCUCUUGUCUCUUCAAGAUUGGUUCUUUGUCUGAUAUUUAUCCACUAUUUUGUGGUGGGUAUUAAAAAAAAGUUCGUUUCUUAGAAGUUCGAGUUCUUAGUUCAUCAAUGGGUGCAUCAGGGAAAUGGGUGAAAUCUCUUAUAGGUCUCAAGAAAUCUGAUAAAGAAUACAAUGAGAAGAUGAAUGGUAAAACCAAGAAAUGGAAGCUAUGGAGAGGCUCUUCUGGUGAUCUGGGUUCUUCAUGGAAAGGCUUUAAAGGGAGUCAACGAGCAAUGUCUGAAACUUCAGGCUCUUCACCAAUGGCUGAUGCUUUUUCUGCUGCCAUGGCCACUGUGGUUCGAGCUCCUCCUAAAGAUUUUAGGGUUUUAAGGCAAGAAUGGGCUGCCAUACGCAUCCAAACCGCCUUCCGUGGAUUCUUGGCAAGAAGGGCUUUGAGGGCAUUGAAAGGAGUAGUGAGGCUUCAAGCUUUGGUUAGAGGUAGACAAGUGAGGAAACAAGCUGCUGUGACACUUAGGUGCAUGCAGGCUCUUGUUCGAGUUCAGGCUCGAGUUAGGGCUCGUCGUGUGCGAAUGUCCAUUGAAGGACAGGCUGUGCAGAAAAUGUUGGAUGAACAUAGAACCAAGGCUGAGCUUUUGAAACAAGCUGAGGAAGGGUGGUGUGAUAGCAUGGGAACAAUGGAAGAUAUAAAGACUAAGCUACAAAUGAGGCACGAAGGUGCAUUCAAGAGGGAAAGAGCAAUUGCAUAUUCUCUUGCUCAGAAGCAAUGGCGAUCCAACACUAGUUCAAAUGCUCGAGGCAAUAGUUCAGUGUCAAGUUUGAAGAAUAACAAGUUUGAUAAGCACAGCUGGGGAUGGAGUUGGCUAGAACGGUGGAUGGCAGCCAAGCCAUGGGAGACUAGAUUAUUGGAACAAUCUCUCAAUGACCCUUCUGAUACAACUCCACCACCAAAAUCCUCUGCAGCUUUACUCGUCCCCAAACAUUCAAAUUCCUCCGAAAGAAGCUUAGUAAAAGUGAGAAAAAACAAUGUCAGCACAAGAAUAUCUGCUAAACCACCUAUGAUGAAUGCUACAACUCGCUCAUCGUCAAGUCCGAGUUCUGAAUUUCGAUACGAUGAGAGCUCAGCUUCAUCUUCAUUUUGCACUUCUGCAACACCAAUUUCAGGUUUAACAUCAGAUAGAACAGAGGAGAGUGGUAAUAGUAGGCCAAACUAUAUGAAUUUUACUGAGUCAACUAAGGCGAAGAGGAAAACGUAUAAACAAUUGUCUAACAGAGUUCAAAGGCAAUCCAUGGAUGAGUUUCAGUUUCUCAAAAAGUCUGGUGUUUUCUCUAAUGGAGACUCGAAAAGUAGUGCAGCUUCUGAUCCUGCUUCUGUUAAUAUGUCUAAGCCCCUCGGCGUGCCAACGAGAAUGGAGAAACAGUUCAGAGAAUUGGAGAAUCCUUUGUAUGAUUAGAUGGAUUCUGAUUCAGGAAGUUCAACCACUUGUUGUUCUGUUAUAGAGUGUGAAUUAGUUAGGAUUGUUUCUGCAGUUAUUUUUUGUGUUUUCAGAAUGUAUUAAUUUUUGCAAGAUAUAUAAGUUUUCUGUAUUUAUCUGA